AUGACUUUUCAGAAAGAAAUUUUAUCAAAUAAUAAUAUGGAGGUGGAUAUUGAAGAGGAAAAGUGUAUAUUAAAUGAAUUUAAUUUAUAUGACCCUUUAAGUAUCGACAUGAAAACCGCUUGUCAAACUUUGUUAUCAAAAAUUGAACAAAUUAAUCUACAAAAUCACUGUUUGGUGGUUAAUUUGAGGCAAUCUAAUUUAUUUCGACCAAUUUUAAUUGAUCUGGUUUCGCGUUGGUUAUUAUCAAACGAUAAUAAUGACAUUAUGAAAGUUGAUUACGAUGCCGUGUCAAAGGUUGAAAGUGUUGCUAAUGCAUUUAGUUUAUUACUUCCUACAACGCCUCAACUUUUAAGUUUUGCGGUUACAUUCUUUUCACAAACACCCUCAUUACUAGAGAGACUCAACUUCUUAAAUCAAGAAGAUAUCUUAAUAAACGAUGAAAAUUCCAGGGAAAUUAAAGAUUUACAACAACUUUUAUUAACAGCUUAUCGACUUUUGAGGUUUUCUGGAAGCACAUUUAUAAAAUUGUGGAAUUGGUCACCUCUUUUUCAAUUGUUGGUUCAUGCUAAUAAGACAAUACGAUAUUUAUCAAUUUGGUGUUUAAGUAUCGUAUUCAAUAUGAGUGAUGAACAAAGGGAAAAGGCACUUCAAUUUUGGGUUGGCGCAAAUAAUGAGAAAAUCUCAAUUGAAUGGAAUCAUGGAGGUACACAGGAUAUUAGAAUGUUAACGCUUUUGGAGCAAGUAUCACUUGCAAAGCAACAAUCACAUCUCCUAUUAAAUGAUUUUACGAGUCAAGAAUUUUCAGAAUAUUGGCGAUUUAAUGAAUCAGAUUUGUCUUCAUUGACUGUGAAUAUUUCUGGAGUGUUAUUGCCAAAGUCAUUUAUUUGUUCGGAGAGAUCUGUAUCGAAUAAGCAGCGCCUUGUUUUAACAGAUACGACUCGAUGUAAUUUGCACUCCAUUUGUUUGGCGAUUUCAAUUGGAUCCCCGGUUUUGCUUGAAGGCGUCACUGGAGCGGGUAAAUCCGCUUUGGUCGAGGAAAUUGCAAGAAUAUCCGGACGUGAACAUGAUCUUGUAAAAAUUCAUUUAGGGGAUCAAACAGACUCAAAAAUUCUUUUAGGAACUUAUGUUUCUACAUCUACUCCUGCUUCUUUUCGUUGGCAACCUGGUAUCCUUACGACUGCAGUUCGUGAUGGACGGUGGGUUUUAAUUGAAGAUAUAGAUCUUGCUCCUAUGGAAGUUUUAUCAGUUCUUCUCCCUUUGCUUGAAACGCGUCAACUUUUUAUACCUAGUAGAGGUGAAAAGAUUAAUGCGAAGCAAGGAUUUCAAUUAUUCGCAACAAAAAGCUUGUUGCCGGUUGACGGUGGAAAAAGAUUAAUACAUCAACGUGUAAAUGAUUCAAGUUUUGGCAAUACUUUUUGGACUCAAAUCAAAGUCGAUCCACUGAGCAACGAUGAGUUAACUUACGUUGUUAGAAAUCGUUUUACCAUUUUACAAGAACUGGUAACAGAUAUUAUGAAUGUGUUUAAUACUGUAAUAUCUGUUUAUCAUGAUUCAUCAUCGUUUUCGUCGAAUUUAGUACGAUAUAUUUCAACACGUGAUUUGAUGAAGUGGUGUGAGAGAAUAGAGGUUCUUUUGGUUUCAAGGAAUAAUGUAAUUACAUCUCGGGGAAUAGAGCAGAAUAUAAGAGAAGAUUUGUUUAAAGAAGCGGCUGAUUGUUUUUGUUCGAUGAUUUCUAACUAUGAGAGUUGGAUUGCGAUUUUGGAAAGGCUUGGCGACGCACUUCAAAUAUCAAAGGAAUGGGUUUAUUUAUACGUAAAUUCAUACUUACCCGAUAUGAAAAUUGAUGAUAAGAUAAUAUCGAUUGGAAGGGUUAAUUUAGUUCCUAAAGGUCGAAAAAAAGAUAUAAUUAAACGAGAAUUGCAAAAAAGACCUUUUGCUUGUACUGGCCAUGCUUUAAAAUUGAUGGAACAAAUUGCUGUGUGUGUUCAUUUAUGUGAACCUGUGUUGUUGGUUGGAGAAACUGGUACAGGUAAAACAACGGUGGUUCAAUAUCUUGCAGAAAUUAUGUAUCAAAAACUUGUGGUUGUGAAUUUAUCUCAACAAAGUGACAGUAGUGAUCUUCUUGGAGGUUUCAAACCCGUUGAUGCUAGAGUCCUUGCAUGUCCCAUUAAAGAGGAAUUUGACAAACUUUUUGAAAAGACAUUUUCUAUUCGACGAAAUCCACGUUUCUUGGAAGCUGUCCGAAAAGUAUAUGUUAUUAAGAAAUACGAUAAAUUUGUAUCUCUAUUGAAGCAAGCUAUUAAAAUGGCGGAACAAAAAUUCAAUGGAGAUCAAAAUCAGGAUACAAACAUGGAUGAUCAAAGCAUUAAUUCUUUGCAAAAUCAUCCUUCUCGAAAGUCUUCAAAUCCUGAAUUACGGAAUCGUUGGAAAUUAUUUGAAAAUUCGGUUAACGAGUUUGUAAGUCGACAGGAUCAAAUACGUAAUAAAUUCGUUUUUAGUUUUGUAGAAGGUUCAUUAGCAAAAGCGGUAACAAAAGGUGAUUGGAUACUUUUGGAUGAAAUUAAUUUGGCAACUACAGAAACAUUGGAAUGCUUGAGUGGUAUACUUCAAGAUUCCCAAGGUUCACUUUUAUUGACCGAAAAAGGUGAUAUCGAACCGGUUAAAAGGCAUCCAAACUUUCGUAUUUUUGCUUGUAUGAAUCCUGCUACUGAUGUGGGUAAGCGAGAUUUACCCCCAGGGUUGAGAAAUCGAUUUACUGAGCUGUUUGUUCAUCCUCCUGAUAAAAGACGUGAUGAUUUGUUGGCUAUAGUCAAACAAUAUAUAGUUGGUUGCGUUCAUGGUGAUGAGCGUGCGUGUGAAGAUAUUGUAGAUUUUUAUGUCGCUGUCAAAGAAUUACAAAAGCAACAUUUAAUUGCUGAUGGUGCAAAUCAAAUGCCUCAUUUCAGUAUUAGAACAUUAACUCGUGCGUUAAGUUACGUAGCACAAAUAGCAUCAUCUUAUGGCUUGAGACGAUCAAUGUAUGAGGGAUUUUGUAUGACAUUUUUAACACAAUUAAAUAAAGAAAGUGAGACUUUGUUAAAGGGUUUGGUAGAAAAAUUUUUAUUAAAUGGUGUUAAAAAUCAAAGGAAUUUGAUUACCCAAAUUCCUAAACUUCCUUCGAAUGGUAAUUACGUUCAAUUUGGAUAUUUUUGGCUCGAAUUAGGAGAUUUUCCUGUCGAAGAUAUGCCUCACUAUAUUUUGACACCAUCUGUUAAAAAUAAUUUGGACAAUCUUUCAAGAGUUGUCAUGAGUAGGAAAUUUCCAGUUCUAAUUCAAGGUCCUACUUCAACUGGUAAAACAAGUAUGAUUCAAUAUCUAGCUAAGCGUACUGGACAUCGUUUUGUGAGGAUUAAUAAUCAUGAACAUACAGACAUUCAAGAAUAUCUAGGAACUUAUGUUUCUAAUUCUGAAGGUAAACUCGAAUUUCAAGAAGGCGUGCUAAUUGAAGCUUUAAAGAAAGGGUAUUGGAUUGUGCUGGAUGAAUUAAAUUUGGCACCAACAGAUGUAUUGGAAGCUUUAAAUAGAUUGUUGGAUGAUAACAGAGAAUUGUUAGUUCCAGAAACUCAAGAAAUUGUUAAACCACAUAAAGAUUUUAUGUUAUUUGCAACUCAGAACCCUCCUGGAUUAUAUGGAGGCCGUAAAGUUCUCUCACGUGCUUUUCGCAAUAGAUUUUUGGAAUUGCAUUUUGAUGACAUUCCGGAGGAUGAAUUAGAAACCAUUCUUUCAGAAAGGUGUAAAAUUGCUCCAUCUUAUUGUAAACGACUUGUACAAGUAUAUAAACAUUUGAUGGCAAAAAGGCAAGGAACAAGGAUCUUUGAACAAAAACAUGGAUACAUUACUUUGAGAGAUUUGUUCCGUUGGUCUGAGAGAGGUGCUGUGGGGUAUCAGGAAUUAGCAGAGCAAGGAUAUAUGCUCUUGGCUGAGAGAGUAAGGAAACCCGAUGAGAAGUUGAUUGUAAAACAAGUUUUAGAAUCAGUCAUGAAAGUAAUAAUUGACGAGCAAAAAAUAUAUGAUUGUUCAAAUUUGGAAGAGUUUAAAAAAUAUAUUUCUUUGAGACAUGACAAAACUGAUAUCGUGUGGACUAAGUCUAUGAAACGUUUAUUUACUUUAGUUGCUCAAUGUUUGAAAUUCAAUGAACCUGUUUUAUUAGUUGGUGAAACUGGUUGUGGAAAAACAACAGUGUGUCAAAUGUUAGCAGAAGUAAAUGAUAAAGUGUUACAUAUCGUUAAUUGUCAUCAUAGUACCGAGACGGCUGAUUUACUUGGUAGUCAAAGGCCAUUAAGGAAUAGAGGGAAUGUAAAUAAUGAUCUCAAGCGCGAUUUGAUUGAAUUUUUAAGAAAAUACGUGUCUCAAGACAAUACAUGUUUAGAGGAUAUGGAUCUGAAUCAACUGACUACUUUAUUUCAGGAUUUUUAUAAAGACGAGAAAUGGACAGAAGAGUUCGGUGAAGAUAUAGGAGAGAUUGCUAAUUCCAUGGCUUCUUUACAUAUGAGGUGUAAACAGACUCGCACAAUGUUUGAAUGGCAUGAUGGUCCAUUAGUUCAAGCCAUGAAAAAUGGCAAUAACUUCUUACUAGAUGAGAUUUCCUUGGCAGAUGAUUCUGUUAUCGAACGUCUCAACAGUGUCCUUGAACGAAAUAGAAUCUUAGUGCUAGCAGAAAAAGGUGGUAAACAUGUCGAAGAAUUAGUUGCAAGAGACGGUUUUCAAUUUUUGGCAACUAUGAAUCCUGGUGGUGACUAUGGUAAGAAAGAAUUGUCACCAGCAUUAAGGAAUCGAUUCACGGAAAUUUGGGUGCCUUCUGUUGCAGAUCGUGAAGAUUUAUUGCAAAUAAUUGAGUCACGCUUCGUACAUGAAAGUUUGGUAGGAUAUGGCCAAAAGAUCCUUGACUUUAUAGAGUGGUUUUCUCAUGCAUUGGGCAAUAAACUUAUCACCAUUAGCUUGCGAGAUAUUUUAUCAUGGGUUUUAUUCAUGAACUCUACAAUAGAACAAUUGGGUUCACACGAGUCUUUUAUUCAUGGUGGAUAUCUUGUUUUUUUUGAUGGUCUUGGUUCCAAUGCAACAACAGGGUCAUUAUUAUCUGGACAAGUUUUGAAGGAAUUUCGAAUGAAAUGUCUUGCAAAAUUAAUAGAUUUGAAUUGUGAUCUUAAACAAGAUAAUGUCGUUAAUCGAAGUUUUGCAAGUGAAAACAAUGUAGGCAAAAUUCUUUCUACCGAGUCAUUUUUCGGAAUCCACCCAUUUUAUAUACCAAAAGGAACGCUUGGUAGUCAUCAAAUUACUUUUACCUUGCAAGCGCCAACAACAUUGGAUAAUGCAAUGCGUGUGCUUCGUGCUAUGCAAUUAAAGAAACCAAUAUUAUUGGAAGGAAGUCCGGGAGUAGGAAAAACUAGUUUAAUCACGGCAUUAGCAGCAGCAUCUGGACAUAAACUCGUUCGAAUUAAUUUAUCCGAGCAAACAGAUUUGAUGGAUUUGUUCGGUUCUGAUCUUCCCGUAGAAGGAGGUGGUAAUUGUGAAUUUGCAUGGAGGGAUGCACCAUUUCUUCAAGCAAUGAAAUCUGGGGAUUGGGUUCUUUUAGAUGAAUUAAAUCUUGCUUCUCAAUCAGUUUUAGAAGGUCUCAAUUCAUGUUUAGAUCAUCGUGGUUCUGCUUAUAUACCUGAACUAGACAAAGAAUUCAUAUGUUCUAAAGAAUUCCGUGUUUUUGGCGCUCAGAAUCCUUUACAUCAAGGUGGAGGAAGAAAAGGGCUUCCGAAGUCCUUUAUCAAUCGAUUUACUCAAGUCUACAUAGAGCAUCUUACUAAGACUGAUAUGCUUUUUAUUGCUAAAUCUCUAUUUCCUCAAUUUGAUGAAUCAUUAUUAGGGAAAAUAUUGGACUUUAACAAUCGAAUGUAUGAAGACACUAUGAUUAAGGGUUUAUUUGGUAGAAAUGGAUCUCCUUGGGAAUUUAACUUACGUGAUGUUUUUCGCUGGUUGGAGCUUUUAAAUGAUGAUAAGGGUCUCGGGUUUAAUUCCACUCCUGAUCAAUAUCUGGACCUAAUUUAUUUGCAGAGAAUGAGAACUGUUGAAGAUAGAAAUCGUGUUAUUGAUUUAUUUAAUGAAAUUUUUGAAACAAGCUAUAAACAGCCAAAGAAUCCUUAUUUUAAUAUUAAUUCACGCUAUAUCCAGAUUGGUCAUUCCCUUCUUCAUCGUCGACCUGCUUAUGGAUAUAAAUCUAUGGGGAAUUCACUUCAUAUAUUGCAUUCUCACUUAAAACCUUUAGAGUCCUUAAUGAAAUGUGUAGAAUUUAAUUGGAUGGUAAUUCUUACUGGGCAUGAAGCAAUUGGGAAAACAAGUCUUGUUAGAUUGUUAGCUAAUUUAACUGGAAAUUAUCUUGAGGAGUUUGCGAUGAAUAGUUCGGUUGAUACAAUUGAAUUACUUGGUGGAUUUGAACAAGUGGAUUUGGCUAGACAUCGACAAGUAGUUGUCGAUGAAUUAAGAAGAUUAACCACUGAGGUGACAAAGGACUUUCUUCUUAUUUCGCAUUCAGGCAAUACGUUACAAGUCGUGCGAGAGCUUAACGAUAUAAUAUUUACCUUAGAAAAUCAUCUUAAAUUUAGUACAAGUAGUGCUCAAAGUACAAUAACUAGUCAGAAUUAUUCGUCUCAGUUAGAUUAUGCAAUAAUCGAUCAAUUGUUAGGUACUUUACAACAAAUAAUAAUCGGGUACGAUUUGCAUUCAAUAUUUGAUAAUGAACAUCAAAGUUCUCUACGCUCUAUAAUGGAUAAAAUUCUAACACUUAAAUCGCUUGAAAAUGGUCCGGUAACUGGUCGUUUUGAAUGGAUCGAUGGAGUUCUUAUCAACGCGCUUAAUAAUGGUCAUUGGUUGUUGAUUGAUAACGCCAACCUUUGUAAUCCAUCUGUUUUGGACAGGCUUAAUCCAUUGAUGGAACCAAACGGAGCUUUGAUGGUGAAUGAGAGGGGACUUAUAGAUGGUGAUGUGAAAAUUAUUCGACCACAUAAAAACUUUAGGUUAUUUAUGACUACUAAUCCAAGAAAUGGUGAAUUAUCAAGAGCAAUGAGAAAUCGUGGCGUGGAAAUUUUUUUAUUGAAGACAGAAAUUUUCGAAAAUCAGCGAGAUAUGGUUAAAAUUGGAAAUGGUCUUGGUCUUCGUAUUUCAGAACUUCCUAAUUUUAUUAAUAAUUUUCGAUUUAAUGUGGAUGAAAGUUUUAAUAUGCUAAGUAGCAUGAAACCAAGUAUAAGAGAAUAUAUUUUAUUUUCUCAAUUUAUUAUUGAGAUGCUUCAGCGAGGAGAAGGUUUAUCACAUUCCUUACAUAAGGCCCUUCGACAGGUUUAUUUUUUUAACCACUUCCCAAAUGGACUAAUGAUGUAUCUUCAAGAUUUUACAAAGAAAUUCAAAGAAAAUGCCUUGAUACACACUUUAUCCCCUACGAAUUACCCAAUAUUUAAUGGGGGUUCUUUUAUUAAGGAAGAAGCAAAAUUGUCUAUGAUCAAUUCCCAAGGGUCUUAUUUGAUACACCUUAUGUUCAAGUAUGGUUUAGACAAGUUGGGCCUAAAUGACUUGCCUUUAAAAGAAUUACUGGUAGCUUGUGACUAUUUUGUUGAAAAUACUUCCUUAGAAGAUAUAUCUAUGAGGAAUCGUUGGCUUGACUUUGUCUCUUAUCUAAUUCGUUCAUUUGAUUUGGUGGUAAAUCAAGAUGUAAAUGUCUUAGAAUAUAUUAAAUUCAUGAAUGAUACCUUGAUCGAGCAUCCACUCGUUUCGUAUUUAAACGAAAUUAAAAAUCGGUUAGCAAAGUCCAUUGAUUUGGAUACAUCUCACAUGUCAUGUCAGCCACUUGAUAUAAUUAGCAAUGAUCCUUUAGUUAAAUCGAUCAGUUUCUUAGAACAUAACAAGCACAAUAGUGAUAAGAGUGAGACAAUAUAUAAUUUGUGGAAUGAAUAUUCUAUUAAGAUUAAAGUUUUUAACCUUAUGAAAAGGUUGCAAAGACAAGAUUACGUCGAAAGAUUCUCUUAUGAAAAGGCAUCACGAGAAAAGGUGUCCAAGUUGACUUUAUCCCAACAAUCAUAUCGUUAUAAUCACGGGAAUUUAUCGGAGGAACAACUAAGUAAUAGAGUUGUUGCUAAUCUUUUUCCAUUCUUACAAGAACUUAAAAGUUUUGUAAGAUUAUGGAUAAAUCGAGGGAAUUACGAGGAAAUUGACAUUGAAUUAUUCAAUAGUUUGUUUGAUUAUCACGAAUUUUUAUGGGAAUGUUUGCAACAAAAUUCUCUUGAUCUUGGUGAAUUAUAUGUGAACACCAAAAUUUUUAAAGAAAUUUUAAAGCGUUUGGUUGAUAAAUUUGAUGAGCACGCCAAACUUUUGCUUAGUGUAUUUGAUAGCAUAACUGAGAGCACUGUAUUAACGACAGGAAAAUAUAUGAAUAUUCUAUGGAAACGUUUGCAUCAUAUAACGCUUUCAAGAAUUGAUUUGUUUAAAUUAAAACAAGAAUUCUUUGAAGUUGGGAUCAAUUCUGACACAAACUUGGAAUUUAAGGAUGAUGAAAGAGAUGUAGAGUUAAAAGUGAUGUUGAUAGAUGCAGUUGCAACGUUAUAUUUCAUUAAUGAAAAUCAAACUCCUGAAUCGACCGAAUUGUUAACUUCUUUACAAAAGAUUCCCGAGGCAAGUAUUGAUUGUCAUAUUCAAAAACAUUUACAAAUUUCGCGUGGAAAAUCACAUUCCGUAGAACAAAUCAACCCAUUACCUUGCUUAAUGGAUUAUUUUAAUUUAAUUCGGGAGAUGCAAAUUAUAUUACGAUUACAGCUGGUAGCUUCACAGGAAACCGAUUUGAACAAUGAAAGUUAUAGCGAGAUUAUUACUCAAAUCUCGGAAUUUCGCGAUUUUUCUUUAAAAAAUUGCUCCCGAUUUCCUUUAGAUUUUGUCCCUCACCAACGACUUUUAUGGAUAUACGGACCUGGUUCUAAAGUAGAUAAUAAAUCGGAAAUGAUAUUCAAUAAUAUCAUACAAGAUAUUAUAUAUGGAUGGCACAAUCGAGUAUGGAAUAAUUCGUUCAACAAUUUAGACAUUAAUGAAGAGAAUUUAGUUACAAAUCUAUUAGUAAAGAAUACUGGAGGGCCUGGAAGAUUAUUUCAAAGCGUUUUAGGAUUUUAUUAUUUUAAUUACACGCAAUUCAUGUCAAUCGGAUCUUUCAAUACCAUACAAACCCAACUUGUGGAAUAUUGUAAACACACCGGAGAUGAAUUUCUGUCUAGGGUCAAUAGAAGAUGUAUGGAUUUGGCAUGUCUUAUUCAACAACUUAAACAAAUUCUUAUCUCAUUAAAGGAGAGUUUUCCACAAGAGAUUUUCCGUGAAAUUAAUGGAAGACUUGAUAUUGUUACUGAUUUUGUUAAUUCCUCGUUAAAUCACAAUAUCAUCGAUAAUGAAUCAUUAACGGUUUCAAUGGCACUAGAGUCUCUUCAUGUUGUGUCUAGUAGCUUUAAAGAAAUAGUUGACCCUAUUUUGCGGAGUGUUUUAGAUCAAUGGGUGAUACCCUCGAUUCUUUUGAUGAUUCAAAUAUUAAAAGAGUAUAAUCCGUUACAACUCAAUGAAAAUACUUAUCAAAAAAUAGGCAAAGUUUGGAUCUUUCUUUCUUUAGGAUUUAUUUCUUUAUACAUACCAAAUUUCCCACUUGAUCCGACAGCUGAAGCACGUUUGAGGUGUCAAUUUCUUUUGUUCAAAAAAUCUAACUUGGAGCGUGAAAUUGAUAUUCGAACAAAGAUCGAACAAAGUUUCACUGGAGAAUGUGAAAAUCGCAAAAUAAAAGACUGCAGAGAAAAUUUGGAGAAAAUUGAAUUACUUUUCGGACAUGCGUCGGUUAACUUAUCCUUAAGACCUGAACAGUCGCAACUUAAUGAACUUUUCAGACAUGUUCAUUACAUUUGUAGUAAUGUCAUUGAUGAACGACAUAUAUUGGAACUUUUGAGUGAUUUUGAGAAUGGAAAUGAUUCGGCUGUUCUUCAACGGGAAAGUUUGCUUCAGGAAAAAUUAAUGCAAUUCAUCCAACGAAUGUCAACAAACUAUCCCCUUUAUCAAGAUUUAUUACAACCAUUAUAUGUUGCUCUUCAUCAAAUUAAAUACGGGGUUCGAAUUAUAACUACUACCUGCAAACAUUUAGUUGUUACACGUGACAAAUUAAUAUAUAAAGUUGUGAAAUCUUUGAUAGAUAUAACUAAGUUAGGAUGUCCUAAAGAAUGCAUUGACAUUAUUACAGCUCAAGAAUCAUUUGUGAUGAUCAAAGAUCUCAUCUUUUCUCAACAUUCUAAGCCAGACAAAUGGGAUCAAUAUCUCAAAUAUCUCAUCGUCGUUUUGUAUUGUAUGUAUUAUAAUAUAUCAAAACGUGGAAAUAUUAUCCUUGAAGAUUUUGAUACCAUCCAACGUAUUUUUGGAGAAAUUUCUGAUAUUUAUGCUGCUGCUGAAGAGCAAAAAAAUAAAAUUGCUCAAGAGAAUGAAAGUUUAUAUAGGAACAAAACAAAAACACACAAUAACAUCACCGAAGAACAGUAUUCCGAAUAUGAAUUCAAGCAAAUGUUUCCAGAUUUUAGUCAUGAUUUCGCGGAUAUAAAUGAUGAUACAAUGAUUGAUUCCGAUAAUAAAGGAAAUGCAGAUUUCACUCAAUUUGAGGAAAAUGUCUCAAUUGUGAAUGAGGAAAUUCUCUUUGAGAUAGGAAAAUUAUAUUCAAAGCUUAUGACUGAUUUCGACUUGAAAUCGCGGAAGACUUUGGAUCAUGACUUGUCAACUCAACAAGUAUUCUGGAAAUCAUUUGUUAUGGCGCGAGAUUUAUCGUUGAUCGCUGGUAAUGUUUAUCCAGAAGAAUUUGACGAAGCAAUCGCAACUUCUCAGAUUCUAGGAACGUUUCUCUUGAAAAAAUGGUUAAUUGACGGUAUCGAGCCUGGGGACGAUACCAGCAACAAUGUCAAAAAUGUUGUGAGAAUGUAUGAUUUCUAUAAAGAUCAAAAUAUCAUCGAAUCCAAGAAGUUGGUACCAAUAAUAUCUGAGCUUCAACAACGCGUCAAAGAAUUACUUGAAAUGUGGCCUGAGCACGCUGUUCUUCAACAUCUUUUUACAAUAUGUGAAAGAAUUCAGGGGUUCGCAUUAAGUUCGCCUCUUGCAAAAUUUCUCACUGGAUUAGAAAUCUUAUUACAAAAGACAGAAGAUUGGGAAGCUUAUGCUAAUCGUGAUGUAUCAUUAAAGCUCCAUAGAGAAAAGAUUACAUUUCUUAUCGUACAAUGGCGUCAAUUAGAGUUGACUUGUUGGCCAAACUUACUUACUGCGCAAAAUGAGUAUUAUGAGAGGUCUGCAUCCAAGUGGUGGUUUCACCUUUAUAGUUGUAUCAUUCGUCCUAUAAAUUCCUUUAGUAUCAAUGUUGAAAUAUCCGAAAGAACUGAUCAAAUUUUCAAGGAUCAUAUCUCUGAAAUACUACGAACACUUGAUCAAUUUUUACAAUCCUCGAGAAUGGGUGAUUUCAAAGGUCGAUUGGAAUUGAUCCAUGCUUUUUAUUUGCAACUUUGUAUUAAAGAUUGUUUUCACACGAGGAGUAAUACUAAAGUACUUAUUGAUUCUACGCAUGUCUCACUGUACUCCAAGGCUGCUGAUGCAUUGUUAAAUAUUUAUAAAUAUUAUGGGCAAUUUUUAACUCACAAUGCCAAUACCUUGAACGAAUUUCGUAAGUCUAUUGAAAAAGAGUUGAAGCAAUUUGUGAAGAUUGCUAGUUGGAAAGAUGUUAAUAUUCAUUCAUUAAAACAAAGUGCCCAGAGAACCCAUAGGCAGUUAAAUAAAUGUAUUCGAAAAUACAAAGAUAUUCUUAACAAACCAAUCAUGGAUGUUAUAACAGAUUAUCAGACGAAUGUGAAUGCGAUUUAUCCUAAAGAAAAGAUUAUUAACGAGCAAGUUAUGACUCCUUUGGAUUAUUCCCUCGAGAAAUGGAUUUCUGAUUGUGAACCGAUUGAGCUAGCCGAAAGAACUUUAGAAUUGCAAAGUUCGAUUAGCAAACAAGCUUUGCCUAUUCCUGAACGUUUUAUAAAUAUCAAGUAUACUUUAGAGAAGCUUCGUUCAUAUUGUCGUGAAGACAUUUUUAUCAAAAGACAACCCGUUUAUAACCAAGCUCUUGAUGAUUUUGCCACCGAAAUAAUUUUACGUAUCAAAAAGCUUCAAGAAGAUACGCCAACUUUAAUGAACGAUGACAAUAAAAGUUCCGUAAAGAAUCAAAAGUUAAUUAAAAAGAAAUCCAUGGUUGAUCUUUUGAGGGAGCUGAAACGUCUUGGAUUGAACUACUUUCCUAAUAAGAAUACAAUUGAACAGCAGCAAAAUAUUGUUGGAUAUAUGCUACAGCUUCCUAGAUUAGAAUUGGAAAAUUCUUUACCUAUGAUAAGUAACUUCAAGAAUCCAUCAUCUAUUGAAGAAAGGAAGGAUAUCAUUUCUACCUGGACAAAAGCUGAUGAAUAUUACUAUAAGAUUAUUGCGAGGAUGAUUCAUCUUCGAAAUGUGGCAGUCAGUCAUUCAAAGGAUAUAACCUCUCGGGAAGUUCAAAAAGGACUUGGUUUUUCCGAAUAUUUGUUGUAUCUUAUAAUUCUAGAACGUAAACAUCUGCAAGUUCUUGAUCAACAAUUCGUUGGAUUUUCAGGAGUCCUGACACAAUUUUCGAGGAUUUAUUCAUCAUAUAAUGCAGAAUAUUCCUACACAAAAGUGCAAGAAUUUUUGUCAUUUCACUCACUUGACGUGCGCUCGUCGUGGAAUUUCAAGGAAAUUUUGGAUGACCUGGUCUCGUUAUUGUCUCACUCGUGUAUAAUUUUUGAUGUACAAAAGCAGUAUGAACAUUCAAAUAAUUUUGAAGAGCUCGGAACAGAAUUACAUUGUUGGUUUGAUAAAAUUUCUUUAAUUCGUAAAGACUUUGCUCGUGUGUUUGAUCGAGACGUUUUGUUUCCAGAAUACUCUACAGGAAAAAAGGCGGUGAUCACAAAAGAUAUAAUAAAACUAAUCAAAGAUAAUGUAGCGUUAAUAAAUAAUCUUUAUCAAUUUGCCAAAUCUUCUCGAGAUAAGCAUUCUUAUCAUAUUUUGACGCCAAUUUGUGAUUAUAUUAAAAAUACUAUUGGAAAUCUUCAUUUUACUGAAACAGUACAUAAUGAAAUGAAUCCGGAAAACCAGACAAUGAUGAUACUUAGUAAUGUUAUCAAAAAAGUCAAUGAUUUAAUGGAUGUAAUCCUCGUAGCUAUUCAGGAUCUAAGAAAGUUCUCCGCUGAAUCAACCAAAGAUGUUUCGAGUAUUUCUUCAGUUAAUGAAGAAGAAAAUGAGGAUAAUAAGGAAAUCCCUGAUGGGUUUAUACUUCAAGAACACAAACGCGUUUCGAACUUUGGCAAGCAUUUACGUAUAUCUUUGAUCCUUGAAAGGUUCAGCUUUCUACAUGAUCUACUUGUUAAUUUGAUGGAUGACGAAAGGUUUAACAACUUGGAUUGUCAAGAUUUAAUUUCAAAUUUGUUUCAAAGAACCUUUCCGUUUAUUCAACAAUACUCUUUAGUCAUUCAAUAUUAUCUGAAUGAUUUUAUCUAUCAUCAUAAGUCAUUAUGCAAAUUAACCUACGUACUUUGUAAUUCAUUUGCUACAGAUGUAAGCGAAGAGAUUGAGGAUGAGGAACAAGUGUUAGGAAAUCAAAAUGAAAAAAGCCAAGAUUCAACUGACGAUCAACUGAAAUCAAAAGAAGAUAAAGGAAUUGAAAUGGAAAAUGAUUUUGAAGGAACAAUGGAAGACAUAUAUGAUGAUGGAAAUCAAGAUGAUAAUGAAUCAGAUGAAAAAAAUUCUGAAGAUAUAGAAGAACAAGUCGGUGAAUUUGAUGAUAACGAUCCCGAUGCUGUAGAUGAAAAAAUGUGGGGAGAUGAUUCUGCAAAUGAUGCAGAGGAUAGUGGGAAAAAAGCUGAUACUAAACAAGAUUCCGAAUGUCCGAAUGAAACGGACGUUGUUGCUAAGGAAGAUCAAGGAGAUACCACACAAAAUUCCCAAAUAAAUGAAGAAAUGGGCGUAGAUGAAAAUCAACAAGACCUGAUUGAAUCAGAAGGCCAAGGCGAUAAUACUGACGAAGAAUAUAAUGAUAAACAUGACUACUUUGAUGCUUUUGAUGAAAUGGAAACCGAUGAUAUUGAGCCAAUUGAUGAUUCAGUUUCUAAUGAGGCAAGGACAGGUGUCGAAGAAAGUAAUGAGAUUGUUGAAGAUCAACAAGAAAGUUUUGAAGGUGAUGAAAUGUCAAAAGAAACACCUGAUCGUAACAUUCGACCUUUGCCUGAUAAUCAAUUUGAGGAUAAGGAUAUUGAAAAAGAAGAUCAGAAUACUUCAUCUAACCAAGAACAACCAAAUUCUGAUACACCAGCAGAAAAUGCAUUUGGUGUUGACGGAGAAUCUGGUAAAGCAGAUAAUUCAUCCUCUAGAAAUGAAGUCGAACAAUCUUUGAAAGAAAUUGAAAAUAAAGGCUCUGAUAACAAUAAUGAUAAUUCACGACGGUUCAAGCAUAGAGGUGAGUCAACCUCGAAUAAUAACAAUGAAUCAGAUAAAAGUGAACAAGUCAUUGAGAACCAGAAUAAAGAAAGUGAUCAAGGUCCAAAAGAUGCCAAUCCACAUCGAAGUCUUGGAGAUGCAUUGGAACAAUGGAAACGUCGUCUUGACGAUAUAAUUAAAGGAGAUGAACGCACAUCCUCACAAGAACAGAGCCCUGCACAAGACUCAGAGCAGGUCAUAAAUGAAAAUCAAACGUUCGAAUUUCUUGAAAACGAUGAGGAAACUCAUGACCUUCAGACAAUGGGAGCAGCAAUAGAGGAUCAAUCAAAAGAGAUUGGAGCUAUCAAUAAUGAUGAACCAUGCUGUAAUGAUGCAAAUUAUGCAGGUGAAGACGAUGAAAUCGACUAUAACCAACAUAAGAAUGAAAUGUCUCUUGACCUUCUAAUGAAUGAUCAUGACUAUAGUAAUGAACAUGAAAAGGGAGCUGUUCUUUCUAAGCAAAUUUUAAAACAGGAUGAAGAUGAACAAUUAUUCGACGAAGAAUCUAAUCCUCAAUGUUUUGAUUCUUCUCGCUUUGCGCACGAACCUUUACCUUAUGAAGAGAUUAUGAGUUUACGUCACGAUUUAGAAGUUAAAUUAGCAGAUUGGAGACAAUCUGGUAGAGAUAUUACUAAGGCUAGAGAAUUGUGGCAUAAAUAUGAGAUCCUUACUCAUGAUCUAUCAAAUGGACUCUGUGAGCAAUUAAGAUUAAUUCUUGAGCCAACACUUGCUACAAAACUUAAAGGCGAUUAUCGAACUGGAAAACGUCUUAAUAUGAAAAAGAUCAUUCCAUAUAUUGCUAGUGAUUUCAAAAAGGAUAAAAUAUGGCUUCGUCGUACCAAACCGAGUAAAAGACAAUAUCAAGUCAUGAUUGCUGUUGAUGAUUCGAAAUCAAUGUGUGAAACUCGUUCGAUUCAUUUAGCUUAUGAAACUUUAGCACUUAUCUCCAAAGCACUUUCGCAGCUUGAAGUUGGAGAUAUUUCAAUUAUCAGCUUUGGUGAAAAAGUUCAAUUGCUUCAUCCUUUUGACCGUCCAUUCAGUAGUGAGGCAGGAGCUCAAAUAUUACAACAAUUUACAUUCGAACAGAAUAAAACAUAUGUUCGUUCCCUCAUGGAAACCUCAAUCACACUUUUGGAAAACGCUAGGAAUAAUUUUAGUAGUGGUGCACAAAGUAAAGAAUUAUGGCAACUUCAGCUUAUAAUUUCGGAUGGUGUUUGUGAGGAUCAUGAAAAUCUUAAAACUCUUGUUCGACAAGCUGCUGAAUCACAAAUAAUGGUAGUAUUUAUAAUAGUUGAUAACAAACCAGGAAAGGAUUCUAUCAUAUCAAUGAAUCAAGUAAGAUACAAAUCAGUUAAUGGGCGAAUGACAAUACAGAUGGAAAGAUAUUUAGAUACAUUUCCUUUUGAUUAUUACGUCGUUUUAAGAGAUAUUAAUGCUUUAUCGGAAACUUUGGCAGAUGCAUUGAGGCAAUACUUUAGCAUUAUAAGUCAUAACAUGGAAUAA